AUGAAGACGGCCCAGGAUUUCCCGCACCUCAAGCUUUGCGAUCCGUGCUCCCGGCUCUUCACCGACUACCGGGAUGAAGCCAGGUCUGAUCCCAACAGCACACGCUAUCACAUGUGGUACGAGCGUAGCGGAUAUCAGUAUUGCCGGACUCGGCGUGAGCUCGAGCAUGCCGCUGUCUCUGGCUGCGUCUUUUGCAAGGCCGUUGCUUCUCGUGAUCGCAAGUAUCAGCAGCAUGAAGAAGAUUCAGUCAGCUCAGACAAUUCAGAGGAUAGGACGGAGCGCUUCUUAAAUGAACAGCGCCCAGUUUGGUAUCCAUCACUUGACGAAGAGCUAGAGCUGAGCAUCCGCUACAACUGGGUCGACAACGUUUUGUACAUCUGGAGCCGGAGCGGGAUUGAAUGGAGCGGAGGCGACCUGGCAUGGAGCAUGUACGCCACCCCGAAUGAUCCAGCGGCCUCCGUCGUCCAUUCACAAGCGCUGCUUCAAGACCUUGGAUCUCCCGAGAGCUUUGACGAGGCACGCGGAUGGAUGGACGAGUGUCUCACCAACCAUCACGACUGUCCAGCACAUACACCGGCCGAUCUGCCCACAAGACUCAUUGAGGUGUCUCGUCUGGGCGAACCCGAGUCUGCACGUCUACGUGAAACCAGCGGGCAGAAAGGACACUACUGCGCCCUUAGUUACUGCUGGGGAGGAGAUCAAGCCCUCAAAACACUUCGUGAACGGUAUGACAGAUACCAAAAGGAACUUCCGUACGACCAGCUGCCCCAGACAAUUAAGGACGCACUUCAGGUCACGCGGAGCAUGGGCCUAAAGUACAUCUGGAUCGAUGCGUUUUGCAUCAUCCAGGACAGCGACGAAGAUAAGCAGACCGAGAUGGCCAAGAUGAUGAGCAUCUACCAGAAGACGCAGUUCACCAUCUCGGUGGCGAGUGCCUCGGCCGCUACCGAGGGAUUCCUCCAGACCAAUUAUCACGGCCCCAGCAUUGGGGCCUUCUAUCACCCCCUCCGGGUAGAGAAGGAGACAAUAGGGUCGGUUCUCAUUGCGGAUAGCUCGUCAUCAUUCGCCAGCGUGGCCGCACACCAGCAACCCAUCAACACCCGGGGCUGGACUCUCCAGGAGGCUCUGCUCACGCCCCGGCUUCUCAUCUUCACCAACAUGCACAUGGUAUGGAAAUGCCAGGCUGGCUACCAGCCCGAGUUUCACGCUACCUCCCGAGAUGCUCGCGAAAGACGCCGUGGGGACUAUGGCCCCUGGGAUGCUUGGUCCUCGCUCUGCGGCUACUCGUUUACUCGUCUCAAGGAGCUCGACGAGCUGGCCAUCCUGGAAACUCCACGGGUUGGGGAGGAGUUCAACAGCCGUGGAGGCACUUACUCAACCUGGCACUUUAUCCUGAACAAGUAUACGACCAGGCAGCUCACCGAAGAGAGCGAUCGACUACCUGCCAUCUCGGCCAUCGCACAGGCCUUUGCUGCCCAUUUCAAGACUGAGUACUACGCCGGGCUCUGGGGACGCUUCCUAGUGCAUGAUCUCAUGUGGGAGAAUUGGCUUUCCAAUCCCAAUGCCACAAAAUCAGGGGCACCGUCGUGGUCGUGGGCCACCAUGAAAGGUGAGCUUCAGUACGACGGCGGUAACACCGACUAUGCCCGAGCCGAGGUCAUAUCGUGCAAGACGACACCCGUGUCAGACAGGAAUCCCUUUGGAGCAGUUACUGGCGGCGAGUUGGUGAUCCGCGGACACCUGAACAAGCUGUGGCUCGAUGCGGGCGAGUCAAACGGACGGACACUCUUUGACAACGAGGGUAACGCCAUUCCCGAUGUCGAGUUUAUCAGCGAUGGCGGGUCCGGAGACUGGAACCAAAACCGCACCACUGUGCUCUGCUUGGUCCUUGGCGACAAACCCUUUGCGACUAGGCACAGCAACUAUCCAAACUGUUGCCCGAAUUAUAUAACCAUGUGUCCGCAGUCGAUAAAGUGUCGGAUGAUGGUGCUGGUCGAGAGUUUGGACCGGACAGGCUGUUAUCAGCGGAUAGGACUAGCCAAAGCAGAGACGUAUGAGAGGCCGCUCUGGUGGGAGAAGUGCCAGAGGGUAACGGUGACGGUUGUCUGA